AAAAAAAAAAAAAGAAAUAAUCAAAGUUCCAUAUAUAAACAAAUCAUAUGAUUGCAGCAGGCAAAAAAGCAAAUUCUGUAUAUAUAUGAUAUUGAUAUUGUACCUGCACAAAUGGCUCUAACUUGUGCUCCGCCAUUGUUGAAUCUCAAGCUCUUCAACAAGCAAUCACUAACGCAUUACUGCGUUACCAGGAAAUGCAAUCCUGUCAAUUCCGUUACAGAUAGUAACACUCGCACCCUCCGUUAUCGGAGCUGCUCCUUUUUGGCUGAUGAUAAAGGAUUGAGAAUGUCUUUGUUACGGUCUUCUACAAAGCGCAAUUCGAUUAAGGUUGGGGUUUCUUCCGGCGAAGCUGAAUCGUUUGAUUCUGAAGCUACACAACAAGAGGUUUUUGCUUGGUCCUCUGUUAUCCUACCAUUUCUGUUCCCUGCCCUGGGUGGUUUGCUAUUCGGCUAUGAUAUUGGUGCAACUUCUGGAGCUACAAUUUCAUUACAGUCACCUGAGCUUAGCGGAACAACCUGGUUCAACUUUUCAGCUGUUCAACUUGGUUUAGUGGUUAGCGGCUCCCUCUAUGGAGCUCUUCUUGGAUCCCUCAUAGUUUAUCCCCUAGCUGAUUUCCUUGGGAGAAGGAGAGAACUUAUCAUUGCAUCCCUAUUGUAUUUGACUGGUGCUUUGUUGACUGCCUAUGCUCCUGGCCUUGGAGUUCUUUUGGUAGCUCGGCUUCUCUACGGUCUUGGUAUUGGAAUGGCAAUGCACGGAGCACCUCUUUACAUAGCGGAGACCUGUCCAUCUCAAAUUCGCGGAACAUUGAUAUCUCUAAAAGAGCUUUUAAUAGUCCUGGGGAUAUUGUUAGGUUAUUUGGUUGGCAGUUUUGAAAUAAAUGCUGUUGGAGGGUGGCGUUACAUGUAUGGGUGCAGUGCCCCAAUUGCGUUGCUUAUGGGGAUAGGCAUGUGGAGUCUCCCAGCAUCUCCGCGGUGGUUACUUCUUAGGGCUGUUCAAGGUAAAGGGCCCUUACAAGAAUACAAAGAGAAAGCCGUCCUUGCUUUGAGAAAACUAAGAGGCAGGUCUAAUGACGACAAAGUAUCUGAAAAGCAAAUUGAAGACACAGUCGUUUCCCUCAAAACUGCGUAUGCCGAUCAGGAUUCGGAAGGAAAUUUUCUUGAGGUUUUUCAAGGGCCAAGUCUAAAAGCCUUUAUAAUAGGUGGAGGAUUGGUCCUUUUUCAGCAGAUUACUGGUCAGCCUAGUGUUCUGUACUACGCAGGUCCCAUUCUUCAGUCUGCUGGAUUUGCUGCAGCUGCCGAUGCUACAAAACUCUCAGUUGUCAUUGGUGUAUUUAAGUUGCUUAUGACUGGAGUAGCUGUCCUAAAGGUUGAUGAUCUAGGGAGAAGACCCCUUCUCAUAGGAGGUGUUGGUGGGCUUGCCUUUUCUCUGCUGCUACUUUCUGCCUACUACAAGUUCCUAGGAGGAUUUCCUUUUGUUGCUGUAGCUGCUUUGCUUCUCUACGUUGGUUGCUAUCAGAUUUCAUUUGGACCAAUCAGUUGGCUAAUGGUGUCGGAAAUAUUCCCACUGCGUACGAGGGGAAAGGGUAUUAGUCUUUCAGUACUCACGAAUUUCGGGUCAAAUGCUCUAGUAACCUUCGCUUUCUUUCCACUCAAGGAGUUACUUGGAGCAGAUAAUCUUUUUCUUUUAUUUGGGGCAAUAGCACUACUUGCGCUUGUGUUUGUGGUACUGAUUGUUCCGGAGACCAAAGGGUUGACCUUGGAAGAAAUCGAGUCCAAAAUUUUGAAGUGAAACCCUUAAGCAGUGCCUUGAUGUGUAUACUUUAUUGCUUCUCAGUGUUGAUAUUUCAGAGAUCAUUCAACUGUAUAUUUUAUGGAUGAAGUUAUUUUGCAAGUGUUUAUAUUGGCAAGUUUGUAA